AUGGAGAAGUUACAGAGUUUCUACUAUGCUUUGCUUGCUGGUUUCACUCUUGCUGUUCUGAUUCAUGCUCAGGAUCAAUCAGGAUUCAUUAGCAUAGAUUGUGGCAUACCAGAAGGUUCAGACUAUGCAGAUGGUGUUACUGGCAUAAAAUAUACUUCAGAUAGAAACGUCACAGAUGCUGGAAAAUCAAGGGACGUAUCUUCCGAGUUCCAGAAUAGAGGCGAUGAAGCACAGUUUAAUAAUGUGAGAAGCUUCCCUGAAGGUAAAAGAAACUGUUACACACUGAAUCCUGCGCAAGGAAAAAAUGGUAAGUAUUUGAUCAGAGCCCGUUUCAUGUAUGGAAAUUAUGACGGCCAAAAUAGUGUGCCCAAGUUUGAUCUGUAUCUGGGGGCUAUUUUCUGGGGGACAAUAAUUCUGGAGGAUGCUUCCAGUAUUUUAACAACGGAGAUCAUACAUGUUCCUUCAACAGAUUAUAUAUAUGUGUGUCUUAAUAAUACGGGCCGUGGUGUACCAUUCAUUUCAGCGCUAGAGCUUAGGCCUUUGAGUAGUUCGCUUUACCAGACACAGAAUCCGUCGACUGAAUCCCUUCUGCUCCAAGGACGAUUUGACUUGGGCUCUACAACAAAUAAAUCAGUCAGAUACAUCGACGAUAUAUAUGACCGCAUUUGGAAGCCUAAGCUAAUAAGCAAUUCUGGUUUGGAAACAUUGAGCCCUAUCACCAAUAUUUAUACCCAAGCUUCCAAUUCUAGCAUUUUCGAAGUACCAACCUCCGUUAUGAGUACAGCCGUCCAGCCAUCAAGUGAUGAUGGGAACUAUUGGUUUUCUUGGGAUUUGUCUACGGAUCCAAAUUUCCAAUACUAUUCUUACGAGCAUAUUGCUGAACUUGAGACCUUGGGAAGCCAAACCAGAGAACUUAACUUGUAUGAAAACGGCAAACAUGCUUACGGGCCUUUUUUUCCUGAUUAUAUGUCCACAUUAACUAUCUACCCAUUCUCACCACUGAAAGGAGGAAGUAUCAAAAUUGAAAUCAAUAAAACUGAGAAUUCAGACCUUCCACCCAUUCUGAAUGCCAUUGAGGUCUACAUGGUUAUAGAUUUCUCACAAUCGCAAACUCUCGAAGUUGAAGUAAAUGCUAUGAUGCAUAUAAAAUCGACCUAUCAAGUGAAAAAAAACAGCUGGCAAGGUGACCCCUGUACCCCUGAAGGAUACCGCUGGGAAGGCCUUAACUGCAGCGGCGGCUCUGAGGAUAAUAGUCGUCUUAGAAUCAUUUCUUUGAACUUGUCUUCGAGUGAAUUGACUGGCGAAGUAGCUCCAUUCUUUGCGGAAUUGGCAUCACUUCAAUAUUUAGAUCUAUCAGAUAAUAGCUUAACUGGAGCAGUGCCUGAUUUCUUAUCUCGACUGCCAUCCUUGAGAGUCCUAAACUUAAAAGGAAACGGAUUCACAGGAUCACUUCCAGCUGAACUCAAGAAACGGUCGGAGGAUGGAUCACUUACAUUAAGCGUGGAUGGCAAUCCAAAUCUUUGCGCUUCAGUUUCAUGCGGCAAGAGAAAGAAGAAGAACAAUGUUGUUGUUCCAGUUGUCGAAUCAUUCGCUUCCUUGUUCGUACUAUUAGCUGCAUUGGCUAUUUUCUGGAGAAUUAGAAGUUCAAAACGAGGUAUGUGGGGAGGAACCUCAAGAAAAUCACCACAUGUGUCAACAGAAAAGAUCAGACGAUUUACGUAUGCUGAGCUCUCCACAAUCACCAACAACUUCAAAAGAGAACUUGGUGAAGGAAGUUUUGGAAAAGUUUACCAUGGUUACUUGGAUGAUGAUACUGAAGUUGCUGUGAAAAUUCUUUCUGAAUUAUCAAAUCAAGGGUAUGAACAGUUUGAAGCAGAGGUGAAACUUCUUCUGACAGUUCAUCACAGAAACCUGACAACUCUGUGCGGAUAUUGUGAUGAAGGCAAGCAAAUUGGGCUCGUCUAUGAGUACAUGGCCAAUGGAAACUUGAAACAGUAUCUGUCAGGUAAGAGUGCAGAUGUCGUGAGCUGGGAAGGUAGACUUCGUGUAGCGGUGGAGGCAGCACAAGGCUUGGAGUAUCUGCACAAUGGUUGUAAGCCACCCAUGGUCCACAGAGAUGUGAAGCCUUCAAAUAUCUUAUUGAAUGAAAAGUUACAAGCCAAGAUAGCUGAUUUUGGCCUAUCCCGUGUAUUUUCAAAUGAAAGUAGCACUAGUAUAUCAACCGCUGUUGCUGGCACCUCGGGAUACCUUGACCCAGAGUGCUUGGUUGUGCCCAGCCGGUUGAAUGAAAAGAGUGAUGUAUAUAGCUUCGGACUUGUUCUUUUGAAUAUAAUCACAGGCCAACCGGUGAUACUGAAAUCCUACGAAAAUACUCACAUAAGUGAGUGGGCAAAAUCCAGGCUUGCAAGGGGGGAUACUAGAAAAAUAGUUGAUCCACGUUUAGGGGAAAAUUUAAACAUCAAUUCAGCGUGGAAAGCUGUGGAACUAGCACUAGCUUCUGCUUCUCACGCUUCCUCUAAGAGGCCAACCAUGAUUGAGGUAGUGAUGGGAUUGAAAGAGUGCUUAGCAAUACAACUUGGCCAAAAUGAUUACGCCAAUGCCACAGUAAUUAACAGCCCUCGUCUGGAUUCUGAAUUUACUCCUUUAGCAAGAGAACUUGGUGAAGGAAGUUUUGGAAAAGUUUACCAUGGUUACUUGGGUGAUGAUACUGAAGUUGCUGUGAAAAUUCUUUCUGAAUUAUCAAAUCAAGGGUAUGAACAGUUUGAAGCAGAGGUGAAACUUCUUCUGACAGUUCAUCACAGAAACCUGACAACUCUAUGCGGAUAUUGUGAUGAAGGCAAGCAAAUUGGGCUCGUCUAUGAGUACAUGGCCAAUGGAAACUUGAAACAGCAUCUGUCAGAUAAGAGUGCAGAUGUCGUGAGCUGGGAAGGUAGACUUCGUGUAGCGGUGGAGGCAGCACAAGGAUUGGAGUAUCUACACCACGGCUGCAAGCCACCUAGAGUACACAGAGAUAUCAAGUCUGCGAACAUCUUAUUGAGUGAAAAUUUCCAAGCCAAAAUAGCUGAUUUUGGGCUAACAAAAUCAUUCCCAGUUGAAGGUGUUACUCAUAUGUCAACAGUUGUUGCUGGUACCUUCGGUUACCUUGACCCUGAGUAUUGUCAAACAUAUAGAUUGACUGAAAAGAGUGAUGUAUUUAGUUUUGGGGUUGUUCUUCUGGAGUUGAUCACAAGUCGACCUGUGAUUGCAAAUACCAAUGAGAAUAAUCACAUAAGCCUGUGGGUUGGUUCCAUGAUUGGACAAGGGGAUAUCAAAAACACUGUUGAUCCAAGGUUACAAGGAGACUUCGACAUCAGCUCUGCCUGGAAAGCUGUUGAAAUAGCAAUGCUUAGUGUGUCUCAAACUUCCACUGAAAGGCCAACCAUGAAUCAUGUAGUGAGGGAAUUGAGUCAAUGUUUAGAAAUGGAGAUUGCUCGGAAAGGAAGACGUGGGGCUGAACCAAGAAAUCAACAUGAAAUGGUCUCUAUAAAUCUAGGAACUGCACUUAAUCCUUCAGCAAGGUAGUGCUUUCAGGUCAGGAAAUGAAGACGGUUGAAUUUCAUGAAAAAUCAAAUAAAUGUAAUGGUUUUGGUGCCUCAGUCAAUCACAUUGUAUUAUGUUAAAAUUUUCCUUUUAGUGCUUGAAGUGAGCUAUUUGUAUUUGUAAUUUACAAUCUUGUGUAUAAAUUUGUGCCGUUUAUUAUUUUUUGGAAAGAACAUAAACAU